AUGACUGCUGCAACGAGAAGCGUUGCGGCUGUGUACACGACUGGGCCCGAGCAUGUUCGGCGCCUUUUUGUUGCCUACCAAGCGUCAAUUGCAGGAUUAAGAACUGUAUGCCGUCAACUACUGGGGCUUGAAGGAACCCACCUUAGAUCAAAGUGUGUGGGGACGCUCCUAGCGGCGGCGGCUGUGGACGGCAAAGGCGCUCUCUUUCCGCUGGCAAUAGCCGUCGUCGAUGCUAAUAACUACAAGAACUGGCUUUGGUUUUUAAUAGAGCUACGGACGCUUCUGGAAGCAAAUAGUCCAAAUCUGCAAUGUCUGACCUUCCUUCCCGACCUUCAGAAAGGGCUGAUCGACGGAGUUCAGAAAUUUUUCUCUGAUGCAUUUCAAGGCUUUUGCAUGCGGCACCUCAGCGAAAACUUUCAAAAGGUAUUCAAAAAUGUCUCAUUGAUGAAGCUCUUGUGUCAGGCCGCCUAUGCAUCGACUGACGUGGAAUUCGACACUAAGAUGAGCGAGAUUGAAGAAAUUUCAAUUGAAGCUAAAGAGUUGAUUGUGGGCAUAGCCAAAAAUCUUUGUGCCAACAGCACGUUUGAGGGAGAAAGAUUUGGACAUCUGACCUUUAAAAUCGCGGAAUCGCUUAGCGAUUGA